AUGUUAUCCUACGUGUCCAUCCCCGGCAUGUUAUCCUACGUGUCCAUCCCCGGCAUGUUAUCCUACGUGUCCAUCCCCGGCAUGUUAUCCUACGUGUCCAUCCCCGGCAUGUUAUCCUACGUGUCCAUCCCCGGCAUGUUAUCCUGUGUGUCCAUCCCCGGCAUGUUAUCCUGUGUGUCCAUCCCCGGCAUGUUAUCCUACGUGUCCAUCCCCGGCAUGUUAUCCUAUGUGUCCAUCCCCGGCAUGUUAUCCUAUGUGUCCAUCCCCGGCAUGUUAUCCUAUGUGUCCAUCCCCGGCAUGGGCGGACUGACAACUCAUAGGGCCCCCAGACAAUAG